UGCUGAUUUAGUGAAGGAAAUGAUCAAGUUUCAUGAUGUUGAUUUGGCUGGUAUAAAAGCAAGGAAUGGCUAUGAUGCUUUUCAUAUUGCUUCCAAGCAAGGAGACAUGGCGGUAUUGAAGGUUCUCAUGGAUGUUGCACCUGAACUUUUGAUGACUUUUGAUUCGUCAAAUAGGACUGCGUUGCAUACUGCUGCCUCGCAGGGCCAUGUUGAUGUAGUGAAUUUCCUCUUGGAGAAAGGUAGCAGUGUGGUUGUGAUAGGUAGGAACAAUGGGAAAACUGCCCUUCAUGCUGCUGCAAGGAAUGGACACUUGGAGAUCGUGAAAGCCCUUUUGAGAAAAGAACCUGGAAUCGCAGCAAGGAUUGACAAGAAGGGCCAGACAGCUCUCCAUAUGGCCGUUAAAGGACAGAAUGGUGAAGUGGUGGAUGAGCUGGUGAACUUGAAAACUCCAUUAAUAAAUAUGGUUGAUGCUAAGGGCAAUACUGCAUUGCACAUAGCAACUCGAAAAGGACGGACUGAGAUUGUUGUUAAGCUAUUAAAUCACUGUGGAGUUAACAAACAAGUCAUUAAUAAAUCCGAGGAAACUGCUCUUGACACUUCAGAGAAAACAGGGCAUGAAGAACUUGCAGCCAUCUUGCGAAAGCAUGGAAUCCAGCAUGCCAAACUCAUAAAGCCACAGCCAAGAACCACAGAUCGAGAACUAAAACAAACUGUGAGUGAUAUAAAGCAUGAUGUUCAUAACCAGCUUCAGCAUUCGCAUCAAACAACAAAACGUGUGCAAGGCAUGGCUAAGCGGCUCAACAAAAUGCAUAGAGGAGGGCUCAAUAAUGCAAUCAACUCCACAACAUUUGUAGCUGUUCUCAUUGCAACUGUUGCAUUUGCUGCCAUCUUUAAUGUCCCUGGCCAAUAUGUUGAUGACCUGAAAGCUAUUAAUCGAGGAUUCUCUCUUGGAGAAGCAAGAAUUGCUCCAAAACCAGAGUUUGUGAUCUUUUUCAUUUCUGACUCUGUAGCUCUCUUCAUAUCAUUGGCUCUUGUCGUGGUGCAAACUUCAGUUGUAGUCAUAGAACCAGAGAAGCCAUUAACACUGUCCGAAUUGAAGGCACUCUCUGUAUAUGGCUUCAGCUGUGAUGAUUUACCGUAUAGGUCCAUCGCUUCAAUCUUUCCUGUGUUCUUGCAAAAGACCUUCAGCUAUCCUGCUCUGAACACCUCCGACGACAACCUGCUGUUCCCAACCAAAUCCGGCAGCACCUCUUCUGUUCCAUCUCCUCCAUGACCUUCAGCUCUUUCUCUGCUAACGAGGACGUCAGAUAGAAACUUUUCAACUGAUUUCAAAUCAAUAGCAACCAGAAAA